CUCACUCACUCUCGGUUGCCCCCGCGCUUUCCCUCACUUUCCCCCACCCUUGGGGCUUGGCUCGCCCCCCUCUCCGCUUCCUCCUCCGCCGGAAAUCACCCAAAAGGAUAAGGCUUUCUAUUCCCCUCCCGUUUCCCGCAAAACUAGGAGAACUUCCAUGCUUCUCUCGUACCAGCCUAAUCCACUUGUGGAUAAGUGUCAACCAGGAGACCAAAGAGAACAUUAAAAAAAAGAAGAAGAAAGGCAAUGAUUUCGGGAUCUCUUCCCUCUUCCUUAUCCACCCUCCCGAUUAAUACUGCUGCAACUACUAGUGCUCCAUUCUAAAGAGAUUAGGAGGUACUCGAAAUUGAUAUUUCUUCAUGGACUGCUGGAGGGAGGCAGAAGGCAAGCGAGUCCAUGACCCCUUGUUCUACCAAUACUACUCCGCGGGCGACUCUUACUGCGUGACGAUGAAGCCCGCCGCCGCCGCCAAGGUCGAGAGGUGCGUCUGGGUCCCGGUUCCCAUCAUCGUCGGCGCCGGGCCGUCCGGGCUGGCCGUGGCCGCCUGCCUCAAAGAGAAGGGAGUCCCCAGCCUGAUCCUGGAGCGCGCCAACUGCAUCGCCUCCCUGUGGCAGCUCAAGUCGUACGACCGCCUCCGCCUCCACCUCCCCAAGCAGUUCUGCGAGCUCCCGCUGAUGCCGUUCCCCAGGUGGUUCCCGACGUACCCCACCAAGCAGCAGUUCAUCGCCUACCUCGAGGACUACGCGAAGCGAUUCGACAUCCGGCCGGCCUUCAAUGAGACGGUGGUCAGCGCCGAGUACGACGCCGUGCUCGGGUUUUGGAGGGUGAGGACGGCGGCGACCAACAACAAGGAGGAGAGGACGGAGUACGUGUGCCGGUGGCUGGUGGUUGCCACCGGGGAGAAUGCAGAAGCCGUCCUGCCGGAGAUUGACGGCGUGCGGGAGUUUAAGGGGUCCAUCAUGCACACAAGCAUGUACAGAAGUGGCGACGUGUUCCGGGGGAAGAGGGUGCUCGUCGUCGGGUGCGGCAACUCGGGGAUGGAGGUCUGCUUGGACCUCUGCAAUCACAAUGCCUACCCUUCCAUCGUCGUAAGAGAUACGGUGCACGUUCUCCCUCGGGAGAUGCUCGGCGGCUCCACCUUCGGGUUGUCCAUGCGGCUUCUCAAGUGGUUCCCAGUGCAGAUGGUGGAUCGCUUGCUCCUGCUCGUCGCCCGCCUCAUGCUCGGCAACACAGCUCGCUUCGGUCUUGAGCGGCCCCAGGUUGGACCCCUCGAACUCAAGUCGCUCUCCGGCAAGACUCCCGUCCUCGACGUCGGCACCCUCGGGAAGAUCAAAUCCGGAGAUGUCAAGGUCUGCCCUGCGAUAAAGAGAUUCACAGGACAUGGAGUGGAAUUUGUAGAUGGGAGAUCGUCGGAGUUCGAUGCUGUCGUCUUAGCCACCGGCUACAAGAGCAAUGUGCCAUCUUGGUUAAAGGAGAGGGAGUUCUUCUCGGAGAAGGAUGGGCUACCGAGGAGGCCCUUUCCUAAUGGAUGGAAAGGGGAACGUGGGCUGUAUGCUGUGGGGUUCACAAAACGUGGAAUUCUUGGGGCGUCAAUGGACGCAAUGAGGAUUGCUCAAGACGUUGAACAAAGGUGGAAAACAGAGGCUAAGCAGCUCAUGGCUUUCCAUCGCCCCUCGGAACCGAAGUGACGGCAGGAGAGUCUUAUAGAUUGAAGGAGAACACUGGGCGCCAUUUCCUUUUUCCCCAUCAAAUCACCUUGGAGACAUAGUGUCUCAUCUCUGAUGAUGAGACAAGCAAGCUGGCUAGCCGCAGAAUGGGAGUGAGUGGGGUUUGGCUUUUUUACUAGUAAUUUGUAUAUGCUGUAUAUUGCCAUUUUCCUAAUUGGAUUGACUGACGUAGAGAGAGAGAGAGAGAGAGAGAGAGAGAGAGAGAGAGAGAGAGAGAGAGGUGGGGCGUGCUUGUGGCUGGGGUUUGACACACUAUCUAUCAAAGCGAGAGUUAUCUCAAAUUUGUUCGUUUUCUAAGUGGUGAUGCACCAAGUUAGGUGUGGGGGUGAGGGCGAGGAGCGAGCACAAGUUUGAUCUCUUCCUUGCCCUCUCUCUAUUUUGUUGUCUUCUUCUCAUUUCUUAUUGAAAGGGUCAUGUGAUACAUUUUCUCCAUUUGACAUUGACCAUUUGAUAAUGCUGCUUUUAG